AUGCGAGCUACACCUGAACCGCAAAUCGAGGAGGACGAGUGGUGGCUGAGAGACUACGCGGAUGAAGUGGUGGAAGAGUGGCGUGCAGGAGAUGGUGAAGAAGGUGAUGCAGAAGCUGGAGAUGGCCGUGCUGGAGGUGGUGACGCGGACAUGACGACAGCUACGACCGUUGAACCAACUGCUGUUGCAGCUGAUGAAGACGCGGGAGAGGAUGGUGAUGCCGCUGCCGACGAGGGUGACGAUGACGACCCGUGGAGGUUGGAUGAAGAUGACGUCCCGCUUUAUCGUCGGCAUGUGAAGCACCAAGUUGACGUUGCCGCACGCAAAGAGACACGUCGUUUCACGGUGGCGGAGAAGGGCAAGCAGAAGGUUGAUGAAGGUCCCUCAAGGAGAGUGAAGACUGCGCCUGCGCCAACGAAGAAGAAGGCAUUAAAGAAGAAGGCACCAGUUGCUGCACCAUCUGAACCAGCCGAGUGUUCAGAUGAUGACUACGCUGUAGCUGCUGGUCCGAUUCCAAAAUACGCUAAGAAGAAAAAACCGAAGGACCUUACUGUUAGAAGUGUGGUGGUGCAAGCCCAAGAGAAUGGGUGGAUGGAUGAGGAUGCGGUGUGUCAGUGGCUCAGAGGGGAGAUCCUCCUUUACCUCAACUCUAUCAAAGCCCUCGACGGCAAGGAGAAUCACCUCGUCAUCGCCCAUCUGCGUGCAAGGAGCACGUCAGAUGUGUCUGAGGACAUGACGCUGGCAGGAACAAGCGGAGACAACACCUACUUUGUGGGCAGAGCCCCUGAAGGAGAAGGGAGGGAGGGGGAGGAGGAGGAGGAUGAGGAGGGUGUGGAGGAGUUGGUUGGAAGUGCAGCUCCUGUGGAGGAAGACCCCUUCCCCAAUACGGUGCGAUACCGUGGGGCAGAAGCAUUGGCAGACAAGCUUGUGGAUCCAUGCUCUGUGUGCAGGACCUGA